AUGCCGGCGGAGGCGGACGAGGAUGCGGGCAGGGGCGUGGGCGGCGCCGCGGCGGCCAUGGCCGCGGCCGCGGCGGCCAUGGCGGGGGCGCAGGCCAAGGUGGCGGCCGCCUCGACAGACGCCGCCGAGCCCGGAGUCCCCGAGCUGCCCAGGGAGGGCAGCGCGGGCGCGGGCGGCGGGGCGGCGGCGGCGCCGGCGGCGGUGGCAAAGAAGGACCAUCGAGACGCGCCGGGCGCGCGCUUCUUCAUCAGGGGCGUCGGGAAGCUCGGGGAGCACCACCUGCAGGACUACUUCCAGAAGUUCGGGGAGGUGCAGGAGGCCACCCUCGUCCGCGACAAGAAGACGCAGCGCCCCCGCGGCAUGGCGUUCGUCACCAUCGCGGUCCAGGGGGAGGCAGCGCACAGCGAGCUGGUCGACAAGAUAACGGGCGAGACCCACACCGUCAACGACCAGGAGCUGGAGAUCCAGGAUCGACGGGCGCUGCCGAAGCCCGACAAGGAAGAGCCGGACGGGGCCGACGGCAAGCCUGUUGCCGGCAUGGCAGCACCGGCUGGCCAGGCGGCCGCGGCGACGCGCCCCGCCGCGGAAGCGGAGGCCGAGCCGGCGGCGGCCGUGGAGGACCCAGCGGCGCAGGCCAACGCCCAGGCCCAGUGGGAGAUGCAUUACCUGGCGAUGGCGAUCAACACCUCGGUGCCCGAGAUCAAGUCCACCACCGAAGAUAGUGCGUUUGCGAAGGCCAAGCCUCCCGUGAAGCAGGGCGUUGGCGCCGGCGGCAAAGGUAAGUCCAAGGGCCACAAGCCGUACUGA